ACGUUGCGUGCGGUUUCGUUGGGCUCCGAACUCCGAGCUGCGUGCCCAUUUUCUCCGAACACACAUCCUUCGUGUCCUCGGAAAAUAUUCAAAGUGCGUUCCGUUGUCGUUGUCUGUUUGUUGGCUUUUUAAUAACUCACCAGCGAGUGGCAACUAGUCGCACCAACUAUGUCCCGACUAUUGCCAGGACAAGUGGCAGACCCGACAUUUACUAUUCGCCUUUGGCGGCAGUCGGUUGUCCUCGCGCAUCUCAUCCAAACUGCAAAAAAGUGAUCAGUUCAAACCUAAAUUGAAAAUUUCUUUAAAGUGUUGAAAAUCAGGUUAAACGGGCCGCAAAUCCGCAUCGUGUAAUGAAAAUCAAAGUACAUAAAUAUAAAAUUAAAUGUCGUAAAUAAAAAAAUAAUAACAUAGGGACGUAUAAAAUAUGUACAUGUGAAUGUGUCAGACGACGCGACUCGCGAGGCGACACAAAGCGAAAUUUAAGAAACGUGCCACAUUAAAUAUUUAAGAAACUCAGAAAGCCGACAAAAGUAUAAGGAAAAUUUGGAGCCUAACAGCGUUUGGUCUAACCAUCAAUGACAUCCAAGUGAAGCCUACGGAAGUGACUCCCUCGGCCCCAAGAUGUACGGACUGCUCCUGGAGAAUCUCUCCGAGUACAUCAAGUCUGUGUAUGGCGAGGAGAAAUGGGAGGACAUCCGACGACAGGCUGGCAUCGAUUCGCCCUCGUUCAGCGUCCAUCAGGUCUAUCCCGAAAAUCUGCUGCAGAAGUUGGCCAAAAAGGCCCAAGCGGUCCUUGGCGUUUCCGAGCGAGAGUUCAUGGACCAGAUGGGCGUCUACUUCGUGGGCUUCGUGGGUCAGUAUGGCUACGAUCGCGUCCUCUCCGUGCUGGGUCGCCACAUGCGCGACUUCCUCAACGGACUGGACAACCUGCACGAGUACCUGAAGUUCUCGUAUCCGCGGAUGAGGGCCCCCAGUUUCAUCUGCGAGAACGAGACGAAGCAGGGUCUGACCCUGCACUACCGCUCCAAGCGUCGGGGAUUCGUCUACUACACGAUGGGCCAGAUUCGAGAGGUGGCACGGUAUUUUUACCACAAGGAGAUGCACAUAGAGCUGGUUCGGGAGGAGAUCCUCUUUGAUACGGUCCACGUCACCUUCCAGCUGACCUUCGAUAAUCGGGCGUUUACCCUGGCAUCCUUGGCCAUGACGAGGGAGGAAAAGCACCUGCCCAUUAGCGCCCAUGUGCUGUUCGAGAUCUUUCCCUUCUGCAUGGUGUUUGGUGCUGACAUGGUGGUACGCAGCAUAGGAAACUCUUUAAUGGUGAUUUUGCCGGAACUAUUGGGCAAAAAAAUCACGGCCUGGUUUGAUUUGGUUCGUCCCCUGAUUGCAUUCAAAUUCCAGACUAUACUAAAUCGCACCAAUAACAUAUUUGAACUGGUCACUGUGGAUCCAGUCACGGAAAGAUUUGAUUCCCAAAACGAGGACUUACUUCAGCAUGAAGAUGGCAGCGAACCGGAAAAGUCAUUGAGAUUAAAAGGUCAAAUGGUUUACAUGGAAAACUGGCGCAUGAUCAUGUUCCUGGGCACCCCCGUAAUGCCAGAUUUAAAUUCGCUGAUAACCACUGGCCUUUAUAUCAACGAUCUCUCAAUGCACGACUUUAGCAGGGAUCUUAUGCUGGCGGGCACCCAGCAAUCAGUGGAACUGAAGCUGGCCCUGGAUCAAGAGCAGCAAAAGUCCAAGAAGCUGGAAGAGUCCAUGCGAUUGUUGGAUGAGGAAAUGCGGCGUACUGAUGAGCUAUUGUAUCAGAUGAUACCCAAGCAGGUGGCCGAUAGGCUGAGACGGGGCGAGAAUCCUAUUGAUACCUGUGAGAUGUUCGAUAGUGUAUCCAUACUGUUCUCGGACAUCGUUACCUUCACCGAGAUCUGCAGUCGCAUCACGCCGAUGGAGGUGGUGUCCAUGCUGAAUGCCAUGUACUCGAUCUUCGACAAGCUGACGGAGAGGAAUUCUGUGUACAAGGUGGAGACAAUUGGCGACGCGUACAUGGUAGUGGCGGGGGCCCCAGAUAAGGAUGCCAAUCACGCCGAGCGAGUCUGUGAUAUGGCUUUGGAUAUGGUGGAUGCCAUAACCGAUCUCAAGGAUCCCUCCACGGGCCAGCAUUUGAGGAUACGUGUGGGCGUCCACUCGGGAGCCGUGGUGGCCGGCAUUGUGGGCCUCAAGAUGCCCCGCUAUUGCCUUUUUGGGGACACCGUUAACACCGCCUCGCGAAUGGAGUCCACCAGCAUCGCCAUGAAGGUACACAUCUCGGAGUCCACGAAGAUUCUCAUCGGCCCCAACUACAAGAUCCUGGAGCGGGGCGAGAUCGAUGUGAAGGGCAAGGGCACCAUGGGCACGUAUUGGCUGGAGGAGCGCGAGAACAGGUUGCCCCUCCAACUGACAGCGACGCUCCAGGUGCACCCGGUCUCUCCGGCCUCGAGUACGGCCACCUCAAAGCCGAAGGCCAUUAUGCCGCCGGUAUCCAAGGCGCUGACUCCUUUGGUUCCCGUUUCCGUGUCGCUGGAUGUUUCGAUUCCGGCCACUACUGUUCCAACGGUGGAUGUGGUAGCACCUUCGUCCAGCAUAUCGGGCUUGGUGCUCACAGCGGCUGCCGCUGCACACAUGUCGCUUCAUCACCAGGCGGUUGUGGCAGCGGGAUUGUCUGGAGAUUCAGGAUCUACAGUUGUAAGUGGUGUGGGGGAUUCAGCAUCAUCAGGAGGAGGAGAUGCAGCAGCAGCAGCAGCAGCAGGAGGAGGGGCGGCAGUUGGGGCACCUGCCGAUGACCGUAACAGUCGCAUCUAUUCACCCGUGACUUUCAAGGACGUGGCUCGCCGUAGCGUAGCCAAUUCUCCGGUGAGGGGCAGUGCUGGCUUCCCGUGCUCGGACCAGGAAAAACGACGCGAAUCCCGAUCCAAUUCCACGGGCCACGUGUUCAUGCGCUCCCCCUCGGACAUUUUUGGCUCACUCAUCCUGGACACCGAGGAGUUCCUCGAGGAUCUGCAGAUCUCACGCAGCUCCCUGGCUAACAAUAACAAUAAUGCGCCCCCCUGUGGCUUCAGUCCAACUCCUCCAUUCCGAAUUGGCAGCGCCCCAUCCAAGCCGAGACCCAGUAAUCCGGAUAAGUUCACGCCGGAGGAACUGGCCGCCAUGGAUCAAAUGACGCCGCCUUCGACAGCUCCGGCCAGGGAAACGGCAUCCUGCAGCAGUGCAUCCUUGGAUCGCGACAAGGCGGCCAAGCUCAGGAAAAUCACCUUCUCCAACAGCAGCAGCAUGGAUGCAACCACAACUACGACAGCAGUGGCUGCCGUGGUGUGCCCCAUGCGAUCCAAGACCCCACCAAUGUCACAACAGCCGGUGGUGCAGGCUAGUACCAGCAAGGGCGACUCCAAACGCCCAGGAUCAAAGGAUUCGGUCUCAUCCAUUUCCCUGCACUCACCUCCUCCACAUCGGUCGAACUCAGCGCCAGCCAGGCCACAUUCCAUGUCGAAGGCGGCACGAAAAGCUUUCCUGGCCGCCAAGCAGACCAAGGCCAUGGAGAAACUGGACAAGAUGAUCGAGGAGGUCCACGAAGUGGAGUCCCAGUCGGCGACGAAGGCGGCCAACAUGCGGCUGGCCCUCGGACAUGACAGAGGCGGAGGCGGUGAUCUGGCCGCCGGUGGCUGUCCACUUUUCCUGCCGCCACCGCCGCAGCAGCAACAGCGCCUGAUGCCCAGCUCCAUUUCAGAUUCCGGUCUCUGCAGUCAUGGACACAGCCAUGCGCCCAGCUGCCACCAUUUGGAGCCGAAGAUGAGCAACAGCCAGAGUUUCCAGCACUCUCCACGCGGGGGAAUCACCCAUCAGUGCUGCAGUGGCUUUGGACACGGAAAUGGGCGUCACUCCCACCGGAUGCACUCGAACGCCUGCCGGAUUCUGUAGAGAACCCACCGGGCAGCAGCAGCAGCACCAGCAACCCACAUCCAUAUCAUGCAUACUGACUCGGAUUCUGCUCAAUGUUUUCGCGCGCUUUGUGGUGUAGUGGUGAUAACUAGUCAGCAAUUAUUAGGGUUUAGUUAGUUGUUGAAUCUCAUAGUGUAUAGAAUAGGUAAAGAAUGUACCUACAUGUCAUACAUAUAUAUACCCAGCUAGUCAAGCAGGGCUUUAAAAUUUGGCAGUGUCUAAAAUAUGCUAAGAAUCUGUAAAAACCGUUAAAACUCUUUCAUGUGUAUUAAUCAAAAAAUUUCCAAGUUAUUGACCUCUAUAUAUGACAAUACCAAAAGGCAACCAAACUACAAAAGGAAAGGUAUUUUCCACACGUUUUCAUGAAACCACCUGAGGCAGAGUUUGCUCACAAAACAAACUUAACUUAUUAUGUAUGUAUUAUAUAUCUCUAUAUAUUUGUAGUAGUUAAAUGGUUAAGUAGAUUUUAUGUGGACACAAUAUUGAAUAAAUGUUUCCAAAGGGAUUCUAUUUUCUUAAUGUUUUAACUGAAGGUCCAACUAUUUCUUUUAUUGCAAUCCCUUAAACUGUAUUACUUUUAAUUGAUCAAAAAAUUGGAUGUAAUGCUAUAAACUACACCUGAAAGUUAAGCAAAUAAAGAAUAUUAUUGCUACAGAAACGUCUUUUAGAUUUCCUUUGUAUACAUACAUAGCUAUGUUUAACUGCCCAAUUUGUUUCAAUAAGCUUAUCCUCGAUUUCUAUUUACAUCAAAACAUACAUUUUAAUUUAAGUAGUUUUAUUUUUUGGUAUUCAGAAAG